UAGCCUGUUUAUUAUUAAGACAGUUGGUUUUAAUUUUUAUAAACCUGGAAAGCUCUUGAAUAUUUGAUAAAUCCAUAAGUUUUAAGUAGCUAAAAGUUGAGAAAUUGAUGUCUUUUAUUUGAAGAGUUGCAGGUCUCAUUUCUGCUUCUCAUCUUUGUUCUCUUUCCUCAAAACCCCUUCUAUGCCACUACCAUUUUUUAGUGAGCUCUGUUUUCUUUAUCAGCAAAGUGUGGCCCAAAGAUCAGAUCUGACUUUUUAAAUAGAACAUUGUCUAAUAAUACUCCACCCCUUACACAUGCAUUGCAUAUGGCUGCUUUUAUGCUAAAUUCUGACCAGAUAAUUCUUAUAUUCAUUAUCCCUGGUAUCAGCGAGUUACAGCGGAUCCUUUGAGAUGCCAACAAAGGAUUUGGACUUGAAAUCUUCAUACCUUUCUUAGAGCUUCAGAUUCUGCUAAUCUAGAAAUAAAAUAAUCUGCAAGAAUAAGGGAAUAGGCUGUCCUUCCUUGAUUAUCAGGGGCAAGUCCAGAGAUAAGCCAUGGUUUUGUGUCAGACCUCCACUAUAAAGAAAUAACUUUUAAGGUCAGUGUGGAGGGUCUUAUGAUGAUGCUAGUCAUUUGUAUCUGUGAAAAAAGCACUGAAAAAGAAGGCUGCUUUAAUAUGAAGGAAUUUUUGACAUAAGUUAUAUUUACCAAUUUAUUUUUAACUUUUGCUGCUUGGAUUAUAUAAUGUAAAUGGACUUUAUUGUUACUCUUGUUGCCACUUUUUUGUGGUUGGUGAGUUCCUCGGCCUGGGCUAAAGCUCUUACAGAUAUUAAAUUAACUACUGGACAGAAUAUUAUUAAGGAACUUAUUCCUUGUCAGCCGCCACAGGAAGCCUUGUGUUACUUUGACUCUGUGACUAGUAUGGGAUCCCUGAAUGUGUCUGUGAUCUUUGGCUUUCUGAAUAUGAUACUUUGGGGAGGAAAUGCUUGGUUUGUGUACAAGGAGACCAGCUUACAUAGUCCAUCAAAUACAUCAGCUUCCCACAGCCAAGGAGGCGUCCCACCCCCUUCUGGAAUAUAACUAAAUAUACUGUAUGAAAUGUGUGCUAUACUAUGCUUUGUUGCCAACAUCUUGAGAAGCAUUAUUGUUUCUAAUAAAAAGUAAUGGUUUUUUUUCAGUAAAUUGGUGGGUUUAAGAUUUUGCUGCUUUUCUAUAUAAAACGUGCCUUUUCUAGAAAUGUAAGAUGUAAAUGUAUUUGUACAUGUAAGUUUGAACAUUCAGGAACCUGUUAUGAGAUGAUACUUAUUUUUAAGUGAACAGUAAUUUCACUAAGUUACCUUCUAAAGUGUUUACACCUUAAGCCUUAACAUAGACCUUCAUUCAGAAAAGUUAUGUCAUAUCAUAAUAUAGGAAGAAUGAGUUUGGAAUAUACACUACUGUUAGUUUGUACACAUCGUAUCCCUAAGGCUUGGCUUGUUUAAGAAAACCUUGAUUGCAUAAUUUGUGUUUAGAAAAAAAAUUAGUACAAUUUUAUAUCUGAAUAUUGUUCAUGUUAAAAAAAAUUUGAAUUGCAAAGACGCUGAGUAUAUAUUUUAAAUGUUUUUUCUAAAUGACCCGCUAUACUUAUUACGUGUACUAAGAUUGUCUUAGGAGCAAGGACUUGGAAAUUCUAACAAACGUGUGGUGUUAACUUGGCGCUUCUGUUGCAAUUAUUUCUGGUGGUUUAUUAGGCUUAUUAUGUUAGAGCAUCGUUCCCAACGAUGGCUUUAUAUAUGUAAGCAUUCUCAGUGAUCCUUGUUUGAUGUGCUUGUUCAUGCCAAGGGAUAAAAAUCUAUCUUCUUCUACAAGACCCUGGUUAUAGGGUCACUAAAAAUUAAGGUUGCCUUUUACUUUUGAAACAUUCAACAUUUAGUCAAUGAAGUUGCUUCUCCUGAGUUUAACAUUGAUAUGGUGAAAAUAAAUGUUGUUCGGAUUUCAUACUUCUUAAUAUUCAUUCUUAUUCCACAAAAAGAUGAUUAAGGAAUUAUGCUCAUAAAGGAACCUAAGUAAGCUGGAUGUGUAUGCUGUCCUUCCACACACACUGGGCUAUGUUCAGAAUACAGUGCUUUUGUUCCUCAGCUUUUUGUAGUACAGGGACCCAGACUUCUGUUCUUACAGGGAAGUACACGUGGGAAGUACAUCAUGAGAUAGUGCCUUAUCUGUUGCUUUAUUCAUGGCAAAGCAGCUCUGUAAGAAUGUGUUUUUAAUACCGCAAACAAUAAAGAAGUUAAAGUAAAGAGUGCCCGGCUGUUAUGUCACAG